AUGAGCUUCAGAGGUCGUGGUGCUCCCCGUGGAGGCCGUGGUGGUUUCGGUGGUGGUUCCCGUGGUGGUCGUGGCGGCUUUGGCGGUGGUGCUCCCUCUUUCGGACCACCAGAUUCCGUCACUGAGAUCGGUCAGUUCAUGCACGCCUGCGAGGGUGAGAUGGUCUGCAAGUCGACAAACGUCAAGAUCCCCUACUUCAACGCCCCCAUCUAUCUCGAGAACAAGUCCCAGAUCGGCAAGGUCGACGAGAUCUUGGGUCCCAUGAACGAGCUCUACUUCACUAUCAAGCUCCAGGACGGCAUGGUCGCUACCUCGUUCAAGGCUAACGACAAGGUCUUCAUCGCCCCUGAUAAGCUCCUCCCCCUCGAGCGCUUCCUCCCCAAGCCCAAGGUCGUUGGCGGCAAGGUCGCCAAGCGCGGAGGUAUGCAGGGAAUGAAUGCCGGUCGCGGCGGUGCCCGUGGUGGUGCCCGUGGUGGUGCCCGUGGCGGUUUCGGUGCCCCCCGCGGAGGACGUGGUGGUUUCGGUGGUGCCCCCCGCGGAGGACGUGGCGGUUUCGGUGGUGCCCCCCGUGGUGGUGCUCCUCGCGGACGUGGCGGUUUCAGCCGUGGUGGUGGUGCUCCCCGUGGCCGUGGCGGUUACUAA